AUGCCAACCCAUCAGCAGGGCCCAGAAGUUCCCGUUUCAGACGAAGGCAGCCUUCACGAACGGCAUGACAAUGUCGGCACCCAAAGUCGGACGAAUGGCCUGAAGCCGAAAGCGUGCAACAACUGCAGACAGCAAAAGUUGAGGUGUGAGUUGACGAAACUGGACACACCCUCGUCAAAUGCCUGUUCGCGGUGUCGAAGGCUGGAGCUGGACUGCAGGGUAGAUGAUACGUUCAAGAGGACGCGGAAGCGGAAGAUAUCGACAGAGUUGGAAGAAGAGAUAAACAAGCUCAAGCGCCGGUUGUCUGUCUAUGAAGGCAAUAGUGCUCUCGCGGACUCCGCUGCUCCUGCUCUAUCAGAUGCUGUGGUGCCAUCCCUUGCUGAAGGAGAUGUUCUUCGUGGGGACCAUGACAGACCCACAAACGAAGACCCCGGAGACACCUCGGACCCUUUGACGAACCGGAUUUUCUCGACCACUGUCCCUGGUGGAAUGUCCCCAGACUCUCCUGAUGGAUCGUGCUUGCCAGGAACAACGACAAUCCCCCAUAGCGGUCUACUUGACAGUGGUUCCAACAACAGGAGAAAGGUGAUUGCUUUGCGGCAAUUACGCGACAUUGAGCUCUCAGCAGAUGUGAUAAACGAUCUGUUUUGCAUUUAUUUCUCAAAUUACCAUGCAUAUCUACCGUUUCUUGACCCGGGGGUUUGUCCCGCCCAGUACUACGAUAGUUCGAUCCUGCUAUUCUGGUCCAUAAUUUCGGUUGCAUCUCGUCGAUACCAGUCAGAUCCCACUCUCUUGACGAGGCUCGCUCGAGCAGUGACAGAUCUCUUGUGGAAGUCUCUGCAAUCUAUUCCGCAUUCCUUGGGCGUAAUUCAAAGCUUGGUUCUUUUAUGCACCUGGCCCUUCCCGACUAGCAGCAGUACAACCGACCCGACUUACAUGCUCUCCGGGAUGAUAAUACAGCUGAGCAUUCAGAUGGGCCUGCACCGCCCCAGGAGCCCGCUGGAUUUCACCAAGUUCCGCGUCAAGCUCAGCACCCGCGAUGUCGAGGACCGGCGAAGGACGUGGAUUGCUGGCAAUGUCGUCACGCAAAGCAUAAGCUUUGGUGUCGGACUCCCAACUCCGGCGCAACUGUGUGACUGGUCAAUCGUCGCAUCGUCGCUCGAGGACUCUCGGGUAGAUGAUGAUUUGCACGCUCAAUUGAGAUGUGCUUUGACAUGUAACAGGAUAUCCCAAGCUCUCACUUCGAAUGCCUCGGACCCUACUGGGCUUUUACCAACUCGGGAGAGGCUCCCUCUCUAUACGAUUCUCAAGCAGGAGAUCGUCGACCUGGAAAACAGCAGGGUCUGGAAUAAAGCCACCACCGCAUUUUAUUUCCUCGUUGUCAAACUUCACCUCCAUGCGUUCUACCUUUUCGAUGACCCGUCAGCUUUGGGCUAUCUGGAACGUAUUGUAACCCUCUAUGCGACCGCAACGGCCGUGAUCGAACAUGUCCGCGAACUGGACCACCAGUCUCGAGAUUUCUUACAAUUUUGUCCACUCUUCUGCUACGAAGCCUUCCUCUGCGCAGCUUUUGUUUUGCUCAAGGUUGUGAAGAACGAUUAUUUUGCUGCAAUGAUUGACGCAGGUUUGGGGAAAAUGCUCAUCACCUUUUCAGUCACAGCGUUGAGGAGAAUGUCGGUGGCCAACAAUGACCUCCCAGGAAGACUCAGUGACGUGCUCGCCUACCUCUGGACGCAUCCAAAUCCGUCAAUUCUUGGCGGCAGUGGAAUGGACGGACUUCAGCUGAAGGUCACGAGUCGAAUGAGUAUGAGUGUCGUCUAUGAUCUCCUGAGGAGAUGGCGGGAGCAGUUUCGUGCUGAAGCCGAAAACGUCGAGGCGCAAGACCUCAGCAAUGAUGGGCCUGGAACCGCCCGUGCCAGCGAAGACUUUGAUAACGCCUUUGACCUGGCGGACUUGAAUGGCAUAUAUUUGGAUGAUCUUCAGCUGGACUGGCUCGCAUGA